AUGGCCUUUCUCAUUCGACCUAGCUUGUUGUUGCUAAUCUUCGCUAUGUGAGCAUCCAAUCGCCAAUCCUUAUCCCAAAAUUUCAUUGCCUGAUGUUUUCACAGCCAGUUUGCUAUUGUCAUCGAAGCAGCUGUCCUUUCGCCAAAACUUAUCACGACUUCUCACAUCACCACAUUGAUCGUGCCAGCGAGCGCUUGCUAUACAAAAACGAGACAAAUUCCAUCCUAUGAUGAAGGUAAGAUAGUACCUAACCCUCACAAAAUCACCACCAACACCACCAGAUUGCCCAGCCCUAACAAACUGCCUCCCAACAACUCAAUGCCUCGCCCUCCUCACAACCACCAUCCCCAUCCCUCUCAUAAAUCCCCAAUGCAUCACCACCCCAACAACAACCCUCCCAGGUCCUUGCCGAACAUGCGUAAACAACUGUGUCGUCCAAACCUCGACUCUCUACCAAACUGCGGAUUCCUGGCCCCCUACUCAGACACAAGCACCUCAACAGAGGGACGUUGCGUGCGCUACUACGGUUUGGAGAUCUGCGAGUGCGCAGAUGGGAUUCACGUUUACGUAUCGCAGUUUGACGCAGACGAGACUCUCGCUUGUGGAUUGUAAGGGGUGUAGUUUGGUCAUUUCGGAUGUUUAUGGGGGGGUGGGUCCCGGGGUAACGAGGACGACUACGGUUACUGAUACGAGGCCGGCGGUGGUUACUAGUUAUACUUGUCAGUAG